AUGGACGCUACGCAUACGAACGGCUCCGAAGUCCAGCCGCCUGAGAAACCUGGCAGGCCAUCGCCCCGGACGUCUCCUGAACCACUUUUUGUCUACGGCUCCCUCAUGGAUACCGACGUUAUCCAAAUCGUCCUCGAUCUCCCAGCACCCCCUCCCCCUCUCCGUGCCGCCAAGCUGCGAAACUACAAGAUGAAGAUGUGGCAUAUCUACCCCACCUUGGUUCCCCAUGAGGGUUCAGAAGUCCACGGCCUGGUAUACCCAGUGGAGCAGCCAGAUCACUUUGAGCGGCUUGAGAAAUACGAAACACCUGCGUAUACGUGGUGUGCACGCGACGUGGAGAUGGAUGACGGCAGCAUCGAGAGCUGCCGGGUAUUUGUGUGGGCGGGGGACCCGGACAGCGAUCAGCUGCAUGACGGUGAAUUUAGCUUAGAGGAAUAUCAGAAUACUCACAAGCAGAGGCUAUUCGGGGGAGCGUGA